AUGAAAUUUUCCCUUAAGAAACCUAUAUUCCUGCCUGCUGGUGAAUCCAGAUACCAGAAAACUAUUAGGGACUUAGGUUUACAGGAGUUGGACCUCAAAGAAGCCCAGAUUAAAUACUUGUCUUCAGCUCUGCUCCCUGGAGACUGGGCAGGGCGAUCAGAACCGCAGGCUGGGGAGCGACCCCCGGGGCCUCCUCCUCCUCCGGGUUCCGCGAGCUGGACCCUUGGAGCCGACCAGGGUGGGAGGCGAGCGGAUGGAGGCGGCUCCCGUCCCUCAUCCCCGCCUCCGCCCCUUCCCCGGGCGGGCACGCGCGGCCCGGGAGCGGGGAGGCGGCGUGAGGGCGGCGGCGGCGGCGGCGCAGCCGGGCGGGUCCCCGGUUCGCGUCUGAGCUCGCCCCGCUGCCGCUUCCCUCGGCGCAGACAGUGUUGCCGGGCGGUUGGGCCCGCGGGGACCCCAGGCGCAGGAGGGGACAGACGCCGCCCAGCGCCGCAAAACAGCCGGGCCACACCGCGGAAAACUGCUGCGGUCUUGGCCCAGAGGGCAGGAGGAUGCGGGCGAACAGCUGCAGCCCGAGACUAUAUUUCCUGUGAUCAAGGAACAUACAGAAGACGUGAGUUCUAUCAUGAGCUUCACCGACAUUUUCAAAGGACAGUUAUUCUGCUUACCACUUUUUGUAUGGUAAGCAUUAUUAUUUCUGCUUAUUAUCUGUAUAGUGGCUACAAACAAGAAAAUGAGCUCUCUGAGAUGGCUUCAGAAGUGGACUGUGGUGACCUCCAGCACCUGCCAUAUAAACUAAUGGAAGUGAAGACAACGAAAGUUUUUGAUGCCUCAAGGACAGACCCCAUCGUCCUUGUGUUUGUGGAGAGCCAGUUCUCAUCCCUUGGACAAGACAUCAUUAUGAUUCUGCAAUCAAGUAGAUUCCAGUAUCACAUAGAGAUUGCUCCUGGAAAGGGCGAUCUCCCAGCACUUACAGACAGAACUAAAGGCAAACACAUUCUCAUUAUUUACGAGAAUAUUUUGAAGUAUAUAAAUAUGGACUCUUGGAACCAAAGCCUCUUAGAUAAAUAUUGUGUAGAAUAUGGUGUGGGUGUCAUUGGAUUCCACAAAACUAGUGAGAAGAGCUUACAGAGCUUUCAGUUAAAAGGUUUCCCUUUUUCUGUAUAUGGAAACCUUGCAGUAAAAGAUUGUUGUAUUAAUCCUCAUUCUCCAUUGCUCCAUGUGACCAAAUCUUCUAAGCUUGAAAAGGGUUCUUUACCUGAAAUUGACUGGACAGUUUUUCAGAUUAAUCACUCAGCUUACCAACCAGUAAUAUUUGCCAAAGUAAAGACCCCAGAAAACCUUUCUCCUCCCAUCUCUAAAGGUGCUUUUUAUGCCACUAUCAUCCAUGACCUGGGGCUUCAUGAUGGAAUCCAGCGAGUUCUUUUUGGAAACAACUUGAACUUUUGGCUGCACAAGCUCAUCUUCAUAGACGCCAUUUCAUACUUGUCAGGGAAGAAGCUGGCAUUGUCUUUGGACAGGUACAUCCUUGUGGACAUUGAUGAUAUAUUUGUGGGAAAGGAGGGGACCAGAAUGAACACCAAUGAUGUGAAGGCACUGCUUGAUACUCAGAAUCUUCUGCGGGCACAAAUCACAAAUUUUACAUUCAACCUGGGAUUUUCAGGGAAAUUUUACCAUACAGAAGUUAAACUUACAACGUCAUUAAAUCUCACAACGGGAAACUCCAAGAACUUAGGGAAGUAG